AUGGCACACACCUCACAUGGCAAGCACGAUGAUGAUGUUACCAAGACGUUUCUGAGUGCACUGAGCACUACUCGGGAGAUCCGACAACCCAUCGAGGUGCGAGAAGGUCGUAAACCACUGCCCAGAACUGCAGAUGAGUACGAGAUUGUCUACAACCCCGAGACUGAUAAGGACCAUCCUUACGAGAAGUGGAGGCGUAAUCCUAUUCUCAGAUGCCUCGUGACCCGAGAGAUAGCCAGAUACCUAGACAGGAGGACUUUCAUCACUGUGUCUGUCCGGGAGGCGAUCAUAUACUGCAUCUUCCUCAUACUGAUCACUAUCAUCACGUUUGGCUCGACGCCACUGGACAUGUUUUAUUUCUCUCAAGCGAUGGCGACUCUUUACACUAAACAGAAGUUCCCGGUGGAGAUGUCUCGUGAUGAGGAUCCAAUAUCAAUCGACUUUUACCAAAUCAACACUCUUGAACAUAUUUGGUUUUAUCAGAACGCCAUCCUUGAUAAAUUAUUUCAUAGCUUCUGGUACACCAAACCAGACCCGUACGCAAGUCCUGAGAACACGCAAGAGUAUUUUUACGAGAACAAACUUAUAGGUUCACCUCAGAUAAGGCAGAUAAGAGUAAAAAACUCUACUUGUAGCACAGUGGAUGCCAUGAAACACAUGAUACAAACAUGUUACGGACCAUAUACAGAGGCCAAUGAAGAAAAGGGCCAAAUCGGACUUAUAACUUCAGCUACGGCAAAACAGAACUUGGAAUGGAACUCGCCGGACAAGACAGGUUCAAUGUCUAUCUCCGGAUCGCUAGCCACCUACAGUGGAGGCGGUUACGUCGCGAUUCUCUCUCGGCACGGUGACGACGCCACGCAGUUGCUGCUACAACUAAAGAGUCUCAAGUGGUACGACCGAGCGACUCGCGCGUUGUUCAUAGAGUUCACCAUCUACAAUGGCAACGUCAACUUGUUUUGUAUUUUUAAGCUCAUUUUUGAAAUGCCUCCAACCGGGGGUGUUAUCCCCAAUCAUUGGAAUUAUGUACAAAAGCUGAUUCGCUAUAAUGAUUCCUACGAUUUCUUCGUUCUUGGAUGUGAAGUAGUGUUUACAAUAUUUUUCUUAUUCUUCACCCUUCAAAAACUACUGGAAAUCAAAACACUCAAGAGUAAGGUUUUCCGAACAUUUUGGAACUACAUCGACCUGAUGGUUCUUAUUGUAAGUGUAUACUUUUAUAACUACGGAGAGUAA